CAUAAAAUAAGUGAUGAGGAUCUAUACGCGUACCAGGCACGCACUUCAUGGAAAAUGAUGAGUACAUUGUUGUCUUCUCAUUUGUUUACACUGAAAUAAUAUUGGCACAAAUAUCACGUCACAACUUUACGCACCCAUAAAAAAGCUGCUCAGAUAUCGGGAAAACAUAACGCAAACCAAUUUGUUUCGAGGUAAUAAAAAACAAGAACAGAUAAUUUUUUUGUAAAUAUCAAAGCAGAAAAUAAGCCGUUGUGUGUAGAGAAGAGAUCAAUGGGCAGCAAGGUAGAGAAAUGCAGCGAUAGCAGCGGUUCAAACAGCUCGGAGAGAGAGGAGGAGCGCACACGCGUGACGCAGACGUCGCUGGUGCUUUGGCACGCGCGCCACAAUGAUGUAAUUUCUCUGAAGAAGCUGCUUGAUCAGAACCCUGGCCUUGUUAGCGCUCAGGAUUAUGAUGGCAGGUCUCCUCUGCAUGUGGCCGCCCUCUAUGGCUGCCGUGACGCUGUUCAAUGUCUCCUCGCCCAUGGCGCCAAUGUUAAUGCCCUCGAUCGCUGGGAGAAUUCCCCACUUGCAGAUGCCGAGGGCAAUAAUCAUACUGAUACGGUUGAACUUUUGAAAUUGCAUGGAGGCAAGUCAUUGGGAAACCAUGGUAGCCGAUUUGAGGCCAAAACAGUUGCCCCUCCUCGUCCGCACAGCUGUGACUGGGAAAUUGAUCCUUCUGAGCUGGACUUCUCAAAGAGUGUUAUCAUUGGAAAGGGAUCCUUUGGAGAGAUUUUGCAAGCAAAUUGGCGUGGUACACCAGUUGCAGUAAAGAGAAUUUUGCCUUCUCUUUCGGAUGAUAAGUUGGUCAUUCAGGACUUCAGACAUGAGGUUGAUUUGCUAGUGAAGCUACGGCAUCCUAACAUUGUCCAGUUUCUUGGUGCAGUCACAAAGAAGCCUCCUCUUAUGUUGAUCACUGAGUACCUUCGUGGGGGUGAUCUUCAUCAGUUUCUUAAAGAUAAAGGUGCAUUGAGUGCAUCAACUGCAGUUGGCUUUGCUCUGGACAUAGCAAGGGGAAUGGCCUACCUUCAUAAUGAACCCAAUGUCAUUAUUCAUCGUGACUUAAAGCCAAGAAAUGUACUACUGGUGAAUCAAAAUCAUUUGAAGGUUGGGGAUUUUGGCCUAAGCAAAUUAAUCAAGGUGAAGCAUGCUCAGGAUAUGUACAAAUUGACUGGAGAAACUGGAAGCUACCGUUACAUGGCCCCAGAAGUAUUCAAGCAUAGGAAAUAUGAUGCAAAAGUUGAUGUAUUCUCCUUUGCAAUGAUUCUUUAUGAGAUGUUUGAAGGAUAUCCACCUUUUACAAGCUAUGAUGCAUAUGAAGCCGCAAAGAUAGUGGCCAAAGGGGACCGACCACUCUUUCGGGCAAAAACUUACACUCAAGAGAUAAAAACGUUGAUUGAGGAGUGCUGGAGUGGCAACAACGAGGACAGGCCUUCUUUUUUGAAUAUUCUUAACAGGCUUGAGAAAAUCAAGGAAACAUUAUCUUCAGAUCAUCAUUGGCCUUUCCUGCAUCAUAAUUGAGUAGUUGUUUAUGUAUCCUUAAAUGCUAUGGUAUGGUAUGAUGGGCAACAGUGCUGAGGGUCAAAUUUAUCGUUCAGCAAUUGUGAUCUCUUGGAUUACAGCAUUCAAGGAUUUCAAAAUUCUUGCUAUAAAUUCUCUAACCUUUAAGUCCAAAUGUUUUGUAUCCAUGACACUCACCUGUUCACAUGUUUGAUUUAUCAUGAAAGAGAAUGUUGUUCUAUCUUACAAAACACUAAUGUAUCAGUAACUAACACAGUCAUUUCCAGGUGUCUUUAAUUUGAUUGCAGAAGACUUAAAAUGAUACAUAAGCUCUUGAGCUGCUGUAAAUUAGCGUCAACUCACAUUUCCUUUUUCCAGUGCCAUCUUAGACACUGUGACAAAUGUUUGAUAUCAAAAAGCUCUAAACAUUAAAAAGUU